UCGACCUUUCUAAACACCAUAUGCUUUAUCCAAGUAUAUAUUGAACGGCUGAGUCUUAGAUAAUACUGUUUAUUCAUUCAAGCAUGUCAUAGUCUGUUUAUGUUGCUACUUCUCCUGCGUAUCUGAGUAAACUUAGCAAACCAGGAACGAAACACAUUGGAUAUCAUUUCAUUCUAAUUAACUGGUUAGAAACUAUUCCACGCCAGCCUCUGAGAUAAAAGGCAAGAGGUGACCUCAUGGCAACUUUGAUGUCCGGAGCUGCGCUUAUUGGAUUGGGUUCUACUUUCUCGAUCAGCAGGAGAAGCAGCGUUGGCCGUGUAAAUAUGAGAGUUGGCUGGAAGAAUGUGAUCAUUUCACCUCAGCGCAAGAAGUCGUGGGUCAUGGCCGCCGUGAAAGGUGAUGAUAGCAACUCAAAGCUAGAUCCAAAAUGGCUCGAUGAUGCCUCAGAGAAAGCUUCCGAGUACGUGAAGGAGAAAGGAAGCGAAGUUGGACACUUGACUGCACAUGAAGGACAAGAGGUUUUAGAUCACAUACAGAGAGCAAAAUACUACUUUAUGGAGAAAGCUGGUGUAGCCAUGGACAUGCUGACUGAAAAUGCUCACAUAGCUUCAGAUUUUGUGGCGGAAAAAGCCAAUGUGAUGGAGGAAGAAGCUGUUUCAAUUACAGAGAAAGCCAGAGAUUUCGUAGUUGAAAAAACAGGUGAAGCUAAAGAUUUCAUUGUCGAAAAAGCUGGUGAAGUCAAAGAGUUGGCGACGGAUAUGAGCAAAAAAACGGCUAUAUACGUUGGAGAGAAAGCUGCUGAGGCAAAAGAAGCGAUAUUACCUCCAAAAACUGAAGAAUAGAUUGUAUUUGUUUGGAUCCCUAACGUCUAAACAAAUACAAGAUGUUGAUAUACAAACUAUACUUUUUUAUCACGUAAGAAUAAAAAAACCGUUAUAAUCAGUGGUUUAUCUUUUAAGUGAAAAUUUGAAUUCGAAUAUAUUUGCAAAAUAAGCCAUACACAGUUAUGUUGGUCGUUCCCGGUUCUCAGAUGUACAUUGGGAACCCUAUACAUAUAAAUAAAUUUGAGGCAGUAAUGUAUUUUAUUUUUAUUGUGUGAGAAUAUAUUGAUACAUAAACUUGGUGAUUA